CCCCCAAGAAGAAUGAUGAGUUGUGAAGAGAAAGAAACUGGAUCGUAUGGAAUCACAACUUUUCAGCAAGUUGUCUCUUCCUGUUGUGGUGCUGUUCUUACAUCCAUUUUGGUGACACCUCUAGAUGUUGUCAAAGUUCGACUACAAGCCCAAAGCAAUCCAUCCCUGAAAGGAAAGUCUUUUUUGGAUUCUGAUGGCUUGACAGAUCACGUUUAUCUUUAUGAAAAUGGAACUGGCAAAACUUGGCAUAAGACAUCUGGCCGUUUUACUGGCAUGUUGGAUGCUUUUGCGAAAAUUGUUCAAAGAGAGGGCGUGAAAGCAUUGUGGAGUGGGUUGCCACCAUCACUAGCAGUUUCAGUUCCAACAACAGUAAUUUAUUUUACCUGCUAUGAUCAACUACGUGAUGCCCUCGUUUAUAAAAUAGAAGAUAAUGACUACAUUCCACUUAUUGCAGGUGGCAUAGCCAGAUUAUUUUCUGCUACUAUAAUAAGUCCAGUUGAAAUGAUUAGAACAAGAAUGCAGUCUCGACGAUUGACUUACACACAACUGCUUGCUUGCAUUAGUACAAAUGUGGCCAACAAUGGCUGGCUUUCACUCUGGAAAGGAUGGGGUCCCACUGUCCUUAGAGAUGUGCCAUUCUCAGCACUCUAUUGGUACAACUACGAAUAUUUCAAGAUGAGCUUAUGUAAGAAAUCAAGUUUACACGAGCCAACGUUCCUCAUCAUCUUCUCAUCAGGAGCAGCAGCUGGUUCUAUUGCAGCAACGUUAACUUUACCAUUUGAUGUAAUAAAAACACACAGACAGACUGAGCUUUGGGAACUUGAUGUCACACGCUCUCCACAGAAGACAAGUGCAUCAGUAUGGGAGGUAAUGAAGAGAAUUGUGGUUGAAAAUGGAUUUACUGGAUUAUUUACUGGUAUUAUUCCAAGACUGACAAAAAUUGCUCCUGCUUGUGCCAUAAUGAUCAGCACAUAUGAAUAUGGGAAAACUUUCUUUCGUAGAUUAAAUAAAGACAAAGAUAUGAAGAACUAUUAAUGUUGUUUCUGUAAACUUGAAGUGGUGUCAGUGCCCAGUAUGUGCAAAGGUCCAUAGUUGUAUUUGAUGAGAUGCUUUCUAUGCUCAUUGCAUAUGCACCCAUGCCUCCACCAACACUAUGCUCAGAAUGACUCCCUGUAUGUUUUAGAUCCAAAAAGAAACUCUAUCAUGCUUCAGACAUUUAAUACAAUUAAUGUUGCAUUAACAUAUGGAAGAGAAAAAGAUUGAAAUAAGCAUAUAUUUCUGCAAAAGGAAAUGGAUAGCAUAAACUUUAAA